AUACGGGCGGUGCAUUAAUUAUUAACGAAUACUAUACCACAAAGGAAAAGUAAUAGAAAAUCGCAACCUCUGGAUCAGAUUGAAGACUUUUUGGAGCGGAAACGAUUAAUUAUUCAGAACUAUACAAUGAAUUAUUAAAAUGAAAAUGAUAAUGUUUUCUCUAUAGAAGACUAUAGCAACAUUGCAUGCAGUAAAAUGGGUUGUCGCCCAAGCCGAAAUUCACUUGGUCGGAUUGCUGACAGUACUUCAGAGUAUAAUCGUUGCUAUAUUAAAGAACUGGACAAAGCUCGUCGGAAACAAAAGAAGUCAGCUCUAAGUGGACGCAGACGCGCCCCAACAUAUAAUGCAUUUUCAUCAACCUCAAAAUGUUAUGAAAGGGACGAGGGUGCCUCGAAAAUUACAGUUCGAUUGUCUACGGAUGGCUCUAUGUUAGAAAUUGAACAAUAUGACAUUGACUUUACAUCAAAUAAUGACUUGAUCUCAGAGGCUUCAAACGACAGUGAUGGAAUAGAAAUGCGACCAGUUGGUGAAGGAUUUACAUCAAAAGAUAUUCUCCAAAAUAAGAGAUUUUCAUAUGGCCGUUGUGGAAGUGCACCAUUACUCGCUUCAGUCUCUUUAGAUCCAUCAUCUUUAAAUAUCUGCAAGCCAAGUUCUUCUGGAGCACUUGGAAAUAUCGAUGUAAAACAGGCAUCUGAUGCAUCGGAUAUAAGCAAGGAUUCAAUAAGCAUUGCUAAUUCUAACGCUGUAACUGAAGACCAUGUUCAUUCUAUUGUUGCUGUCAAUGUACACUAUGAAGAAAGAUUAAAAUACGAAAAGUCGGCAUUGCCAAAUAAAGACAAAGAUGAUAUUAAAGAGGGUUUUCAGAAACGUGAUCAUUGUAUUGGUGACGCAGAACAUACUGGAAAAUUAUCUCUGGACAAAGGACAGCAGAAACAGUGUAUCGAUGAACAGUCGGUCACCAGGCUAAUAAAAGGUGAUAAUAUUGAAAACUGUGGUGACAUUCAUAGGUCAACAGGCGGUGCUUUUACAAAAUGUUUGUGUAAAGGUAUUGGCAAAACUAUUUGUUCAACCAACGAAAGCGACAGGCAGAAUAAGUCUUCUGAGUGUAUGUAUUGUGUCUUGACGGAUGGUUCAAAUUUUAAACUGGUGUCUAAAAACGAAUCAAAAUCGGGUUAUAAGGAAAUUGCUUCAGACUGUGAUAAGUUGCAUGAAACUAGCCAUAUUAAAUCAGUAGAUAAACUAAAGCAUACUGAAGAAAUCAAUAAAACAGACAAAAGGCAUAGGCUAAUUGAAAACAAGAAUGCUUGCGAUCGAUUUCUUUCCUAUUGUUUUCUGUGUGAAAAGAAUAAAUGGAAGAACGAAGAGGCGUAUUAUGCCUGUAUGAAUAAUAAAUGCCACACUUUGAUAUCGCCUAAUAGUCGAGAUUUGGGGACGGAUUCAAACGCAAAUGUUUGUUGUUGCAGACGAUAUUCAUCACACGAACUUCAAAAAUGUAUUCCCCGGUGUAAUACAAAUACAGAUAUAGACAAUAGAUAUUCAUCAUUAAAAGCAGACGACAAAAUGUCGGUUUCAUAUCAAACUAGACCAAACAGCUCAAAUUCUCGUGAUGCGUACAAGUACCAUCCCAUGAACGCAAGGAACAUUGUCAUUGCCAAUAUUGAUUUCCAAGAAAAUGAACGCUGCAAAGAUGUAUCGGGUCAAUCGCCAUUUUCUCCUAAUGAAUCUAAUGUAUUAAAUUCUGAUCAUUUGCAAUGUCGUCAGUUAUCUGAAAAAACAAAGCACGCCUGUCCUUCCAAAGAGUGUCUUGAGAUUAUUUGUUGGGAGAACAUGGGGAAUUACAGUGGGAUCCGACACACAUGUUGUGAUAAAUGUGAAACCGUUACUAUGGAAACUAAUGAUGUCUCCGAGACAACGCUACGAAAUGAUGGACAAAUAAGAUGUUAUCAUUCUUCAGCCGUCAUAGACGAAACACAAUUUUCCAGGAAAGGAAACCAACGUUUAUAUUGCAACGAUUAUUUAGACAACACAGAAGACGAUAUUUAUCACGAUGCAUGUGGUUGCCAACAAUGUACUUACGUCACUGCUACGUCACAGUGUCAAGAAUAUGCUGAUUCAUUGAGCGAUGAUGACGUCUCAGCCGGAAAUGAAAUUUCCCCGAAGACCAACGAAAAUCACCGACUUGCUUUAUCGAACGUCGGAUGUUGCGAAUAUGAUUCAAUAGUGUCCGGCGAUAUUUGGCGAUAUAAUCAUAUCGUUAAAAAUACUGACGAUUAUGAUAUCGGAAAUGACGAUAGUGACGAUUCUGAUUCAAGUGACGAUUACAGAGACGAUGAAUAUGUGGAUGCUAUGGAAACAACUUAUGUUUGAAUCGUAUUUCAAUUAAAUUAUAAUGUACCUUAAGUUAUGUGUAUUGCGCUUAAAAUGUAUAAAACGCUAAUGGACAUAGAAAAACGAUAAUGUGUGUUAUCGUGUUUCAAUAAUAUCAGUGACGUCAACAAAGGAAGCUAGAUCUAGUUUCAUGUUUGAACAGAAAAGAACAACAACAACCCAUUUAGUGUAAAGUUCGGAUCGGGGUCUUUGGAAACUAGUCUUAUCAAUCAAAUAAAUCCAUUAUCUUUUCAAUAAUACAUACUUCAAUACAAUUUAUGUUACGUCGAUAUUCACUAGAUUAUCGUUUACAUUGUAUGUGUAAUAGAAAGAGCAUCGAAACACGAGGCUAUCUGAUUUACAAGUACGAGGGGACGCAGCCCCCGAGUAUAAAUCAGAUUGCCGAGUGUUUUGAAGUUCUUUCUCUUUUGUAUCAUAGUCAAAAAUAAAAACACGUUCCCUGAUGUCACAAUAUAAAACCCCAGAAAAAAGGAAGGAACUAAUGAACGAGCAUCUGAAUAUGAUAUUGCUAUCGCUUUCCCUUUCGCUGUCGUCACAAUAUCUAAACCCCAGACAAAAUGAACCAAUCAAUGGGCAUGCUCUGCAGUGCGGGUAACUGAUACCUGCACUCCAGUUAACGCAAUGUGCAUGUAUAUGUAUACGAUUUAACUCUGACACAUUUUCAACAGAAAGGUCCCAAAACUAUGAUACAAUAUCUAUAUACAAGGCUGCUGUAAUACUUGUCACGUGACUGUGCAUAUAACACAGUAUUUAACACACAUGCUUGUUUUUAUAAUAUUGAACUUGGUCAUUUCAUCUCCACCUACUUUUUCAUCCAAUGAAAAGGCCUAAAUUCGAAAAUUUUCUGGUUGUUAACUAGUAUUUUUUAAAAAAAAUAGCUGUCGUCAACAGCGAUUUUUUGACCAUUUGUUGUUUUUUGUGAACCACAGUUCCAUACGUUUUCUCAAUUUAUCAUCACAAAUCGCAAUAUAUCUGAAUAAGUACGCUGUUAAAUCAAAACAUUUAUUUUUCAGUAAAUAAUUUGAUGUAUAUAGUACAUUGUAAAUGUUACUGU